UUGUGAAUUAGUAGAAAGAAGCUCGUGUCUAAAAAAGAUAUCAAUUAUUUGUGGCAGCGAUGGAUAUAGCGUUCACGUAUAAUAAGAAGCGCUUCGACUUCGGAAAGCAGCCAUUGUUCUGCGAGCAAGGGCCGGAGAUGUGCGACACUAUCUCUACCAAUGUGGCGGAACACAAGCACUACAUAUUACGCAACCCGGUACACCAGCCCACGCAGAACACGCCUGUUUUCUCCAAGAACUAUGUUAACACCGUACGGGCAGAAUACACGACAACAGGAAUCAAUCAUGCGGAAGGAGGCUGGCCAAAAGAUGUUAAUGUCGUUGACCCGGAGGCGACCCAGCGCUAUCGCAGAAGGAUUGAGAAAGAAGAUAACUAUAUACACUGCGUGAUGGGCUCCGCUCCGGGAAUGGAGCACUACGUGUUCCAGAACAACGCUAUUGACAUGUACCGCACGUAUUAUGCGGAGAUGGCGACGCAGCCCGCUGUGGAGCGAAGUAGUAUGCGGAACGUAAACGUGUACAGGGACGCAUCUGGCCAGCGACCCAUCACGUCUGUCUGCUGGCAACCGGAAGGAGGACACUACUUCAGCGUCACCUACACGGAUGUAGACUUUAACCAUAAAACGCGCGCAUCUUGCAACUCCUAUAUUUGGAAUGUAGAGAACGCGAACAAUCCUGAAAUCGUUCUGACUCCUUCAUGUCCUCUAGUCGACCUUCAGUUCAACGGUCGAGAACGCGAGAUACUCGCGGGGGGACUCAUGAAUGGACAGGUGGGCGUAUGGGAUCGCCGCGUGGGGGGCGAUGCCUCGCUCCUGUGCGCGCCGCAUGUGGCACAUCGCGAAUUCGUACGGAACGUGCUUUUCGUGAACGCCAAGUCGGGACAAGAGUUUUUCUCCGGUGGCCCGGACGGAGUUUGCAAAUGGUGGGAUAUGCGCAACAUGGAAGCACCUAUUGACGAAAUGAUCAUCGACGUCGUUAAGUCAUCAUUCGACACUCAACAGAUGCAGAACGCGAAUGGUAUUAGCGCUUUGGAGUUUGAACAAACAAUUCCUACUCGUUUCAUGGUAGGCACAGAAAAUGGUUUUGUAAUUGGAGGAAAUCGUAAAGGCAAAACACCUAUGGAGAAACUACCAGCUAUGUUCCCGGCGCAUCUCGGUCCCGUGUGGCGAGUGGAGCGCAACCCCAACUUCCUCAAGAACUUCUUGACGGUGGGCGAUUGGUGCGUGCGCGUGUGGAGUGAGGAGUGUCGCGAGAGUUCCAUAAUGAUGUCGCCGCCGCAGCGCCACAAAGUGACGUCAGCAAACUGGAGCCCUACUCGACUGUCGCUCAUGCUGGUGACCCGGUGGGACGGGCUCCUGUCCGCCUGGGACCUGCUCCGGCGCCAGCACGAGCCUGCGCUCACGAUGCAUGUUUGUGACGAGCCUUUGCUCACUGUCAAGAUGCACGAAACGGGUUUGUUUGCGGCAUGUGGCAGCCGUAAGGGGAACAUCUACAUGACGGAGCUGUCACAAAAUCUCGCGCAGUCUGACAAGAACGACAAGUCUCUACUUACAGCGAUGUUCGAUCGAGAAAGCAAGCGAGAACGGAUACUGGAGGCACGUAUGCGUGAGAUACGGCUGAAGCUCCGACAGGCCGAGGAGGGCAUCGUCAGUCCACAAGGCUCUCUAACUGAUAUGGAGUUUGCUGCCGGCGACAAAGAUCUCUAUGAGGCCACCACCGAAUAUAUGCAAACCGUCAAAAAAGAACUAGCUUCGAUGUAAAGAACGCAUAUGCCACCAUCAUUAAAUCUUGUCUCAAAUAUUACUUUAGUGGCGGUACUGUUAAUUUAUACAGAUUGUGUAUAGUAGUGUCACAUGACAAAUCUUGAGCGCUGACAAUACAUUCUCAUAGUCUCAUACUUACAUUGAAGCCUUCGACAGAAUACAUCUAGUCAAUAUUAUAUACUCAUAUCAUUAAAUAUACAAUACUUAUACUAUAUUAUUAAAUAAAUAAUCAAUCUAAAAAUUUGUAUAUUACCUGACUUUGAUAUAAAUAUACAAGUCCUAUAUUAAUAAAAUGAAUUCC